AAGAGAUGGGUGACACUGUGGACUCGGAGCACCUGUCUGAGCUGACAGAGGAGGAGUAUGAGAUCAACUACGUCAAGCCUCAUCUGAAAGGCUUCAUGAAACUGGACGUGAAGUAUCUCAUUCCAUUCUUUACAAGAAGAUUCACGAAACAGGAGGUCCGGGAAGGCCAGAACCGGAUGAAGACACUGACAAAUCAGUGGUACCAGGAUGUCCGGGCAGCACCAUCCGACUCCGAGUCAGAGCAGGAAGAGGAAACCAAACUCAUGACCAGUUAGUCAACUGACCAUAGAAACUUGUGACCAGUUAGUCAACUGACCAUUGAAACUUGUGACCAGUUUGUCAUCGAUGGAGCCAGGAAUACUGGUUACUUUGUUACAAGUGGACAGUAAAGCUCCUUCACGGACAUAUCCUGCUGUGCUGUGGGACUAUGUGUAGCUGACAGCAGGGUUGUGCCGUGGGACUAUGUGUAGCUGACAGCAGGGUUGUGCUGUGGGACUAUGUGUAGCUGACAGCAGGGUUGUGCUGUGGGACUAUGUGUAGCUGACAGCAGGGUUGUGCUGUGGGACUAUGUGUAGCUGACAGCAGGGUUGUGCUGUGGGACUAUGUGUAGCUGACAGCAGGGUUGUGCUGUGGGACCACGUGUAGCUGACAGCAUGGUUGUGCUGUGGGACUAUGUGUAGCUGACAGCAGCGUUGUGCUGUAUGACUACUCGGAGCUGGGAUACUGACUCCCUUAGAAAGCAUUAGGUGCUUUAGUAUGGAAGAUCAUAUCAACAGAUGCCUGACAAUGCAUUUCAAUGUGAUAAACUCUGGUUCAUACUGUAUAAUUCUAACCUGUUGGUGUUCCUUGCUCACUGUGUGAUUCUACUGAUGUUUCUACACUGUUGUGAUACACUACAUAUCAUGAUCCAUCCCUAUGUUGAAGUAACAUGUUGAGUAUGUACAAAGCUUGUAUGAAUGUGAUGUCCUUGACAACUCUUCUCCCACCCUGAUUAUGUAAACGGAAUUGGCAUGCUUGUUCCUGGCACACGUCUUCCUGGUCAAAUUAUGCACUGACCAUCCAGGACCCAACUACCACCCAUGUCAAAUGAUCUUCUGACUGUCCUUGUCCAAUUACCUUAGUGUUAGGGUGAUUGCAGAUACGACAGUCUUAGGACUAAUUUUCCACUGUCCUGGUCCCAGUCCAAUCUGUCCCCUCAAUCCUGAUCUCAUGAGUCAAGUAACUUCUAUGAGGUAAUGGCUAUUGGAGCUUGCAGACUUGAUGAGCCCAGGAAUUGAGACAUUGACCUGACAUACAUGCGAAGUCAAUAACUGUGCUGUAAAGAUCAAUGUGGCCACUGUAUAAUGUAUACUUCUUCUCAGAACAAGAAGCAGUUCACUGGACUCUUUAGCAUGAAGCAAUAUUGACUCAAAUAGUGAACACUGUGGGGAUUCCGAGUUAGUGCAGAUCCCCAGAAAUCCACAGUAGCAGAGACUCAUGGUGACUGAAUGGAUUGGGUAGUCAGGCGUCACGACUUGGUUGCCAGUGUAUCGCUGUACUUCAGUGGCAUGGUCUGUGGUUCAUGAACAUCACUGUCCAGACAGGCCACUUUCUACAGCUUGUUGACUCCAGUAUUAAUGAGAAGCUGUCUGUCGGUCAGUCUGUAUAUAUAUUUAUUGUGUUAAUCUUGUUUUCUGAGGGUUAAUACCAUUGCUGGGAGAUGUCACAUAGUGGUGGAUAUUAUCACAACACAAUGCACAUAUGAUUCCUUUAAUGAUCUGUACAAUGCUUCAUUCCAGCUGUGCAUGUGAUACAUGGCAACGUCAUCAUGUUGUAGAAAUCAUUCACAGUUCAUCAAUGGUGACUUAGUAACAUAAUAUUUGUCUGUUUCUACAUGAUGUGUGUCCUGUAGGACACCAAUGUCCAGAUCAUGGUUGUAUCUAAUAAAGGGUUUACAUUCACGUAAA